AUGGACAAGACCAGUUGGAUGACAAUGUGUCAAAAUACGAAAGAAUAUGUUGAUGGUGUUAAUGAGUUUUUAAAGUUUGCAAGUGACAACAUGGGUAUUGAUGGGCUAAUCUGUUGCCCAUGUAAAAAGUGUUGCUUGUCUAAGUAUUUCAAGGUCGAUAUGGUGCACGACCACUUGAUUUACUAUGGAAUUUGUCAGGGUUACACAAUUUGGCAUGCUCAUGGUGAGAAGGUAAAUUUUACGCCCAAUGUUGGUACUAAUACCCCAGUCAAUGAUGAGCAAAGCCAAGAAGGACCUAGUGAGAUGCAUACAAUGUUGCAAGAUGUUUUACCUAUGUUUGUACUUGGAGUGGUUGGAGGUGGGCUUGAAAUGGGUGUGGAAGCUGAAGUGAUAGAUGGAAAUUCUCAAGUUUCCAAUGAGGGUGUUCAAAAGUUUUAUAACAUGUUGAAAGAUGCCGAUGAGCCAUUAUAUGAAGGGUGUACAAAACAUAGUAGGUUUAGUGCUAUUGUACGUUUGUGGAAUAUGAAAUGUUUAGAUGGAUGGAGUAACAAUAUCUUUGCAGAGCUUCUUGAGUUUCUAAAUGAGUUACUUCCAUCGGGAGCAUCGUUACCUAAAACUACAUAUGAGGCUAAAAAGUUGAUGAGUGACUUAGAGCUUGAAUGUGUAAAAAUCCCAGUAUGUCCUAACGGUUGUAUGUUGUUUUGGAAGAAUAAUGAAAAUAGAGAAACAUGUAUAUUUUGCCAAACUUCAAAAUGGAAGCAAAAUGCUGAUACAAAUGGAAGGAAUAAAAGAAGCCUAGCAAAGGUUUUGCGUUGGUUUCCUUUGAAGUCAAGAUUGCAAAGACUUUUCAUGUCAUCGAAAAUUGCUUCACACAUGAAGUGGCAUGCUGAAGGUCGAAUAGAUGAUGGUGUAUUACGACAUCCGGCCGAUGGGAUGGCUUGGAAGACGUUUGACUCACAACACAAUGAUUUUGUAUCUGACCCACGCAAUGUCAGACUUGGAUUAGCCGCAGAUGGAUUUAAUAACAUGAGCAUUUCUCACAGUACUUGGCCAAUUAUGAUCAUACCUUAUAAUUUGCCUCCAUGGAUGUGCAUGAAACGAUCGACUUUCAUGUUAUCAUUGAUAAUCCUAGGCCCAUCUUCAACCUCUAUAAAAAUAGAUGUGUACCUCGAGCCUUCAAUAACAGAAUUGAAGGAAUUAUGGGAGGUCGGAUCACCGACCUACAAUGCCUACUCUAAAAGAAUGUUUACGAUGCGUGCAGCCUUGAUGUGGACAAUCAAUGACUUUCUUGCAUAUGGUGAUUUGUCUGGACGGAGUACGAAAGGUCGAUUUGCAUGUAUUUGUUGUAUGGAUAAUACGUGGUCUAAGUGGUUAAAACAUGAAAAAAAGUUUUCAUAUAUGGGACAUAGAAGAUUCUUACCGAUGGAUCAUAGGUGGAGAAAGCAAGCUAGUGCAUUUGAUGGUACGAAAGAAAUUAAUCAUCCGCCUAUUGUGCCAAAUGGAGAUGACAUUCUAAGACAAUUAGAGAAUGUUGAAUAUGUUGCUGACAUGAAAAAAAGAAAAAGGACUAGUGAACAUGAUCUUGACGUGCAAUCCAUAUGGAAGAAGUGCAGUAUUUUCUUUGGCCUACCAAUUUUGGAAAGGAAAUUUGUUACGACACAAUCUUGA